CGCUCGGGGUUUUUCCCAAUCCGACCUGACGGCUCGGUUCCUCUCUCGCUCCCCUACCUGGUUCCCUCCGUCUCCUUCCGAUUCCGCCCCCUCCCCCGCCGCUACGCUUCCCGACUCCGGACUCCCCUUCGCACCCCGCCGCCGCGCUUCCCGACUCCGGCUCCCCUUCGCACCUCGCCGCCGCUCUGGGCCACCGGCUUCGCACUCCUCCCCGACACCCCUCCGCUCCCUCCCACACCCCAGUCACCUGCCCAUCAACAAGGUCACCGUCUCCCUCCUGCCUCCACUCCAGUCACCUGCCAACCAACAAGGUCACCGUCUUCCUUCUGCAAUCAACGUAGCCGGCUGCCCACAAGGGUAUGGGCCUCUCAGGGCUUCCCCAGACCGGAGCUCCUGUGGACAGUUCAGCUUAAGCUGGUUUAUGCACAAGAUGAAGCCCUUUAGAAGGGCCCAGCUGAGUUUUCGACAUGUCUGGACGUGAGGUCCGUGAGUAUACCAAUCUCAGCGAUCCUAAAGAUAAGAAGCUGGGGAAGGGGAAGGACAAGAUCGAUGAUGAGGACGUCACGUUCCAGCGCAUGGUUGCAAAGAUGCAGGAUGUUGCUGGUGAGAGGGGAGGCUACCUUCAUGGACGAGGAGCAUUGGACAGUGAUGAUUUGCUUUACCUCAAAGAGCAAAUGGAGGCCGAGGAAGAUGCAGAGCGUCUUCUUCGCCGUACAGAGAAGCGGGCAUUCGCUGCUUUUAAGAAAGCAGCCACUCUAGCUGAUUCUGCACCUGCUCUACCUGCCGCUCUUUGUGUCGACGCCAGGCCAAAAAGCGACAUAAGGCAACGGGAUCUUUUGAAGAACAUUGUUGGGAUCAAACCGAAGCGACCCAAGGUUUGCAGCCCUCGCCAAGCGGCAGAGAACGACGGGCCUAAGCGGAACCAGGAAGUUUCUGUCAGCAAAAUGUCUUCAUGUCAGAAUGAACCAAAGCCAGCUGAAGCAACGGAGUCUAGGCCACAGAACGUGACUGGAAGCUUGCUUGGUUUGGCGUACGAGAGUUCGGAUGAAGAAUGACCAGUGGUGUAGGGAGUCACAGUAGGGCUGUAGGCUGCGUGUUAGUUCAUCUGCAACGUUGCUAGAUUGUGUUUCUGCGCGGGGGUUCAGGAUAAUUCAAGAACUCUUUCUGCUGAAAAUCAAGCUUGAGUUAUUGAAUGCUUUCUCCGGAAUGUUAUGUUCUGGACACAGACGCAUCCGUUCGUCGCGGCUUUAGUUUCUGGAACCAGUAUAUUGUGCAA